AUGGCCCUCCUGAGGUUCCUGGAGGCGCUGGGGCAGCCUGACUACCUGAGCCUUCCCGAGGGCAGGGUCGUCACAGAUUACCUCCUGAAGCUCAGCCAGUGGGACUCCUCGGUGUCCUUGCCCGGACUGAUCCGCCUGCUAUGUGAGCCUGGCAACACCUCAGCCUUCGUGGUCUUGAGUGACAGCGCCACAGAGGUGGCUCUGAGGGAACAAGCCCUGGGGCAGCGCCCCUACCUCAGCACCAUCCCAUCAGGCAUGAUGGAGCUGAGUGGCAAUGUCCGGGUCCCUCGGCUCACCUUCUCCAUGGUGCCUGUGCCCCUCCCCUGCCCUGCUGAGGGUGGGCUGCUGGCUGGGGUUGGAGGUGGGACCCCUGGAGCUUGCACUGACGCUGUCCUCUUCCUUCAUCACCUCUUUGAUGUAGCGCCUGAGUUCGUCUCCCCACAGCACCUGCUGAGCCAUCUGGUGCUGUAUGCUGUGAAGCCCUAUCGCGAGAACACAUUUGGAGUCAGCUCCCUGAGGCUCCUCCAAGCCCUGGGUCCCAUCACCGCCCUGCGCCUUGUCGCCAGCGCAGACGUGGACCAGCUGUGGAGCACGGAGAUCCCCCAGAUGUUGCAGAUGCUGUAUGAACACACAGAGAAGAGCCUGGAUCAGGAGGAGUGGGAGGACAGGCUGCUCCAGUUUUAUAGCAGGUCACUGGAGGCCAUCAGUGAUGACAGCUGGCUGGAGCAACAGACUGUGACCACCCUGGAAAGGAUAGAAAAUGGCAGUGACGAGGAGGAACAGAAGGCCUUCCUCUACAAAUUCUUUGCCUUCACCCUGCGGACCUCAAGCAGUCCGGACCUGGUGCGGAGGAUGCUCUCUGCAGUGCUGAACGCCUCCCACGAGGAGCCGCAGCAGAGGGAGGGCAUCGCCGUGGCACUCGCUAUCGUGUCCCUGAGACACCUGAGGGUAGCUCUGGACCAGCUGGAAGUGUACGGCGCGAACCUCACCGACAAGGACAGAUCGUGUGUCCUGACACUGACCAAGGAACAUCAGCACAGGGAGUGGGGGCUGGUCUGUAGCACCGUCUACCUAAGCUACAGGAAGAUAAUCUCAGUGACUGAAGAUGCCCUCUCACUACCUCUCGAUUCCAUUCUGGCCUUGGCCGUGGAACACUACGGCCACUGCAUCGUGGAAAAGGAUACGACUCUGACUCUGGCCUACCUGGACGCCCUGACGCAGAUGACCAGCUUCCUGGGCGAGCGGCCCAUGCCCUUGCCAUGCGAGGUUCCCCCCACAAACUAGACCUUGUAGCCUCCAUGGUGGUAAGUGCCUCUCAGGAGGAAGGGGGAGAGCAGAGGGCAGGGAGGGUGGUCUUCGUGGAAACCCUCAACAGGGUCCUGAGCUCGGCCUGGAGGAGAGAAGCCCAGAUUUUCCAGUUUCCUCUUCCUGCCGUAGUUCUCCCUGUCCUGUCCUCAAGGUAGGGGUGAGUACUGUGGGGCAGGGAUGCGUGGGAGUGGGUGGAGCUUCUGUCCUUCUCAGCCUGCUCAUUGGAAGGCCCUGAAGGUUUCAGGUCUCACCUUCUUGUGAGCAGGGCAUGGGGUGGGAGCAGGUGGUAGGAAGGCAAGAUGAACAUGUUCAUGGUUCCCCUGGUCUUCGGGGCGGGGCUGUCACAGGAGCUGAUCAGGGACGAGCCACUGGGCCGCAUCUCCAGCCCCAUCCGGCAGAAGGCCAUGGCCAUCAUCGCCGACGUCAGGAAUCUCAGGCCGGUCUUGGACGCAGACAGCAGAGAAGAGCUCCUCGUCACGUGCUGGGAGAGUGUGCUCUGCCUGCCCGCCUCCGAGGGCCUGGCCGAGGAGGUGUCUGAUCCCAGCGAGGGCCGGGCUAACGUGGGCCUGUUCAGCAUGACCAUGCAGUCUCUCCGGAGUCUCCUGGAGGCAUUGGUCACGGAGAAGCCCACUGAGAUCCAGUCCUGCUUGGAGGUG